AUGGCGUUUGUGGGGACAUCUCCUUCUUUUGGGACUCGACAUCGCGUCUCUUUGAAUAUGAAUGUUUCACCAGUUUGGAAAUCUGAACUGUCAGAGAGUCCCGCAUCUUUGUCCCGUGUAUUGCGUCUCCAUCAGCUAGGUUCAAUGCGUGACCGUAGCAGUGGGUGUAGAAGGCCCGCGGUUCCUUCUUCAUUGGAGUUUGCGGACCCGAGCGUGAUACGGGGCUUGGUGACACAGGGACGAAACGGCUGCUGUGCCCAGUGGGUAUCCGAGUACACGGUCUCGGUAAGCCCGGACUGCCAGACAUGGACGCCCGUUGACUCUGGACAGAAGUUCACUGGAAAUAACGAUCAAGAUUCCAAGGUGUCAAACAUGUUGGAUUGCCCGAUAACAGCAAAAUGCAUAAGGGUGUACCCUACAAAAUGGAACGGCAAGAUCGCAAUGCGAUUAGACGUUCUCGGAUGCCCUAUUCGCCAAACCCCAGUGCCAUCGACAACCACCAGCACAACCACAACCACAACACCUGCAACUACUGCAACAUCGUCAACCACGACUGUAACAACACCGACUAUGUCAACCACGACUUCAACAACACGGACGCCCACUACGACUGUAACAACAACAACACCAAUCACGAGUGCAACAACAACAGCAGCAACAACAACACCAACGACGACUGCAAAAACAACGACUUCAACCACACCUGCAACAACACCAACGACGACUGCAAAAACAACGACUUCAACCACACCUGCAACAACACCAACGACGUCAACCACGACUGCAACAACGACUUCUGCGACACAAGCGACGACUACUUUACCCAGUUCUUCUGCAAGCACAACAACACCACCUCUUACUACAUCAUCUACACAAUUGUCAACGACAACUGGAGGAGCAUGUGCCGAUCACGGAGGUAUUGACUGCAAGAUGAUGAACGUCUACUUGUCAAUCUGCACUAGAACAGUACCUGCGACCGCUUAUUGCCAGAGCUUUUGUGGACUGUGUGGACCUUCUACAACAACAACCAACCCAACUUCAAAAAUCUCCACAACAUCUCAAGCAGUGGCAACAACAACCUCUAUGGCAUCCACUGUGUCUAACACAACACCGAGUACAACAACAUCUGUAUCAACAAAUGCGCCGAAAAAUUGUACUGAUAAACCAGGAGUCGACUGCCAUGUUCUUGAUUCGUCAUUGAGCAUAUGCGCUCAUCCAAGCACAGCUCAGAUGUACUGCCCCAAGUACUGUCAAAUGUGUGGCCCAACUACACUGGCAUUGUCCACUGCAACUUCAUCAACACAGUCUCAAACUGCAUCGCCUUCAACAACUACGCCAUCAGUCACUUCUACGUUCUCGACACGGCCAUCUUCAACUCCAACGACUACAUUAAGUUCAACAACAGGUGCUCAAUCCACGGGGUCAUCAUCGACAACUACCAAAACAACGCUUCAGUUUUCAUCUACUUCUACACCUGCUUGCCAUGAUAAGCCUGGAGUGGAUUGCAAACUCAUGGAUAUUUCUCUUGGAAUCUCGCUUCAAACGUCAACAAUAUCAAAAGCAACAACAACAUUUAUCCAAACAAACAGCACAACACCAAAAUCGGUUCAAACAACAACACCACCACCAAGCACAGCUUCAACAACACCACCACCAAGCACAACAUCAACAACUUUAAGUACCACAAAACCAAAUUUUUCAACAACCACUGCAAUACAACCUAAAAGUACACAGUCAUCACAAUCUUCUGCAAGUAGAACACAACCACAAAGCACGCAGCCAUCGCAAUCUACUGCAAGUAGCACAAAACCUCAAAGCACACAGUCAUCGCCAUCUUCUGUAAGUAGCACACAACCGCAAAGCACACAGUCAUCGCCAUCUUCUGUAAGUAGCACACAACCGCAAAGCACGCAGCCAUCGCAAUCUCCUGCGAGCAGCACACAACCGCAAAGCACGCAGCCAUCGCAAUCGUCUGCAAGUAGCACAACACUUCAAAGCACGCAGUCAUCGCCAUCUUCUGCAAGUAGCACACAACUGCAAAGCACGCAGUCAUCGCAAUCUCCUGCGAGCAGCACACAACCACAAAGCACGCAGCCAUCGCAAUCUCCUGCGAGCAGCACACAACCACAAAGCACGCAGCCAUCGCAAUCGUCUGCAAGUAGCACAAAACUUCAAAGCAUGCAGUCAUCGCCAUCUUCUGCAAGUAGCACACAACUGCAAAGCACGCAGCCAUCGCAAUCUCCUGCGAGCAGCACACAACCACAAAGCACGCAGCCAUCGCAAUCUCCUGCGAGCAGCACACAACCACAAAGCACGCAGCCAUCGCAAUCGUCUGCAAGUAGCACAAAACUUCAAAGCAUGCAGUCAUCGCCAUCUUCUGCAAGUAGCACACAACUGCAAAGCACGCAGCCAUCGCAAUCUCCUGCGAGCAGCACACAACCGCAAAGCACGCAGCCAUCGCAGUCGUCUGCAAGUACCACACAACCGCAAAGCACGCAGUCAUCUCCAUCUCCUUCAAGUAGCGUACAACUUCAAAGCACACAAUCAUCGCAACCCUCAGCAAGCAGCACACAAUCUCAGAGCACACAGUCAUCGCAACCCUCGGCAAGCAGCACGCAAUCAUCGCAACCCUCAGCAAGCAGCACACAAUCAUCGCAGCUAACAGCAAGCAGCACACAGUCAUCGCAACCCUCAACAAGCAACACACAAUCAUCACAACACUCAGCAAGCAGCACACAGUCAUCCCAACCCUUAGCAAGCAGCACACAAUCAUCGCAACCUUCAGCAAGCAGCACACAAUCAUCUCAACCACCAGCAAGCAGCACACAAUCAUCGCAACCCUUAGCAAGCAACACACAAUCAUCGCAACCCUCAGCAAGCAGCACACAGUCAUCGCAACCAUCAGCAAGCAGCACACAAUCCUCUCAACCACCAGCAAGCAGCACACAACCAUCGCAACCCUCAGCAAGCAACACACAAUCUCAGAAUACACAAUCAUCGCAACCAACAGCAAGCAGCACACAAUCAUCGCAACCCUCAGCAAGCAGCACACAAUCAUCGCAACCCCCAACAAGCAGCACACCAGCUCAGAGUACACAGUCAUCGCAGCCCUCAGCAAGCAGCACACAAUCAUCUCAAACAUCAACAAGCAGCACACAAUCAUCGCAGCCCUCAAAAAGCAGCACACAAUCUUCGCAACCCUCAGCAAGCAGGACACAAUCAUCUCAAACAUCAGCAAGCAGCACACAAUCAUCACAACCCUCAGCAAGCAGCACACAAUCAUCUCAAACAUCAGCAAGCAGCACACAAUCAUCGCAACCCUUAGCAAGCAACACACAAUCAUCGCAACCAACAGCAAGCAGCACACAGUCAUCGCAACCCUCAGCAAGCAACACACAAUCAUCGCAACCAAAGGCAAGCAGCACACAGUCCUCUCAAUCGUCAGCAAGCAGCACACAAUCAUCGCAACCCUCAGCAAGCAGAACACACUCACAGAGCACACAGUCAUCGCAACCAACGGCAAGCAGCACACAGUCAUCGCAACCCUCAUCAAGUAGCACACAUUCAUCGCAACCCUCCGCAAGCAGCACACAAUCUCAGAGCACACAGUCAUCGCAACCCACAGCAAGCAGCACACAAUCUCUGAAUACACAGUCAUCGCAACCCGCAGUAAGCAGCACGCAGUCUCAGAGUACACAGUCAUCGCAAUCCACAGCAAGCAGCACGCAUUCUCAGAGCACACAGUCAUCGCAACCCACAGCAAGCAGCACACAAUCUCUGAAUACACAAUCAUCACAAACUUCAGCAAGCAGCACGCAAUCAUCGCAACCCACAACAAGCAGCACGCAAUCAUCGCAAACCACAGUAAGCAGCACGCAGUCUCAGAGUACACAGUCAUCGCAACCCACAGCAAGCAGCACACAAUCUCAGAGCAAGCAAUCAUCGCAACCCACAGCAAUCAGCACACAAUCUCAGAGCACGCAAUCAUCGCAACCCACAGCAAGCAGCACACAAUCUCAGAGCACACAGUCAUUGCAACCCACAGCAAGCAGCACACACUCUCUGAAUACACAAUCAUCACAAACUUCAGCAAGCAGCACGCAAUCAUCGCAACCCACAACAAGCAGCACACAAUCAUCGCAACCCACAGUAAGCAGCACACAGUCUCAGAGUACACAGUCAUCGCAACCCACAGCAAGCAGCACACAAUCUCAGAGCACACAGUCAUUGCAACCCACAGCAAGCAGCACACAAUCUCUGAAUACACAAUCAUCGCAAACCUCAGCAAGCAGCACGCAAUCAUCGCAACCCACAACAAGCAGCACGCAAUCAUCGCCACCAACAGCAAGCAGCACACAAUCUCUGAAUACACAAUCAUCGCAAACCUCAGCAAGCAGCACGCAAUCAUCGCAACCCACAACAAGUAGCACACAGUCAUCAUCACCAACAGCAAGCAGCACACAGUCGUCUCAACCCUCAGCAAGCACCACACAAUCAUCGCAACCCUCAGCAAGCAGCACACAAUCUCAGAGCACACAGUCAUCGCAACCCUUAGCAAGCAGCUCACAAUCUCAGAAUACACAGUCAUCGCAAACGACAGUUAGCAGCACGCAGUCUCAGAGAACACAGUCAUCGCAACACACAGCAAGCAACACACAAUCUCAGAGCACGCAAUCAUCGCAAACCUCAACAAGCAAUACACAAUCUCAGAGCACGCAAUCAUCGCAACCCUCAGCAAGUAUCACACAAUCUCAGAGCACGCAAUCAUCGCAACCCUCAGCAAGCAGCACACAAUCAUCGCAACCCUCAGCAAGUAGCACACAAUCUCAGAAUACACAGUCAUCGCAACCCUCAGCAAGCAGCACACAAACAUCGCAACCAACAGCAAGUAGCACACAAUACCAGAGCACACAAUCAUCUCAACCCUCAGCAAGCAGCACACACUCUAAGAAUACACAGUCGUCGCAACCCUCAGCAAGCAGCACACAACCAUCGCAACCAACAGCCAGCAACACACAAUUCCAGAGCACACAAUCAUCGCAACCCACAGCAAGCAGCACACAAUCAUCACAACCAACACCAAGCAGCACAAAAUCAUCGCAGCCCUCAGCACGCAGCACACAGUCAUCACAACCAACUGGUUCUGGUAGUUCACUGUCGACUAGUCUCCCAACAACUCAAACAUUGUCAACAUCUCAGAUGAUAAGUUCAGUGGGCUCAACAACAGGGUUAGGGAAUUUGACAACCUUAGGUAAUACUACAGUUGCUCAAACGAUGAUAUCUGGGCAGACACAAAACCCCGCAGUUAGACUUACAACAACUUUACAAUCACCUCAACAGACUUCGCAGACAAUUACGGGACAAUCCACCAUUUCGAAUGUGUCAACAGCAAGCUCGGGACAACCUAUAACAACAACGGCAUCAUCCAUAGUCACAACACAUGACCCGUGUAAUGACACUCUGGAUUGUAAGCUAUUGGACACAUACUGGCAUAUUUGUGGAACAAUGGCUUCUGCCAAAGGUUGUCUCACGCAUUGCGGAUACUGUGCUUCUGGUGCGCCCAUAACACCGUGUAAUGACAAACCUAAUGUGGACUGUGCUGUAUUUGACAGCUUGUUGGGCAUUUGUAAAGACAAAACCACAGCUACAGCGGCAGGGUGUAUAAAGUUCUGUGGUUUUUGUCCAUAA